AUGGGGGCUGCCGGAGCUCUGUGCCCGGGGCUGGGCGCGGCUGCCGAGGGAGCGGAGCAUGCAGGCUCCCCCCGUGCUGGGGCUUGCUCUGCCCGCCUCAGGGGCUGCAUUGUCAGCCCGGAGCCACAUGGGGAUCGCCCGGACCAGCAGGGCUGGCAGGGAAAGCGGCAAUGGGGGCAGCAGAAACGGGCAGUGCCAGAGCUGGGGGUGCUCCCGAAGCCUGCAGAUGUUGGGAGCAUGAACAAGGGGGCCCAGGGAUACCCCAGGAGCCUGAAACAGGGAGCCCAGACAGUGCUGACCACUCAGGACUCCUGGGUUGCCAAAGUGUACAAGUGCUUGGAGUGUGGGAAGAGCUUCAGCCAGAGCAACAGCCUGAUCCGCCACCAGAUGAUCCACACUGGGGAAUGGGCCUACAAGUGUGGGGAAUGUGGGAAGGGCUUCAGCUGCAGCUCUGAACUCAUCCGUCACCAGCACAUCCACACUGGGGAGAGGCCCUACGAGUGUCCUGAGUGUGGAAAGAGGUUUCGGGUCAGCUCCAAUCUCGUCCAGCACCAGCGGAUUCACACGGAUGAGAGGCCCUUCCGCUGCCCCGACUGUGGGAAGGGCUUCCAGCACAACUCCACCCUCAUCAGGCACCGGCGCAUCCACACUGGGGAGAGACCCUACGAGUGUCCCCAGUGUGGGAAAAGAUUCACCCAGAGCUCUACCUUGACCAGACACCAACGGAGGCACCAAUAA